AUGGAGUGGUUCUACGUCUCCCUCCUCACUCUCUUCGUCCUCCUCGUCUCCCUCUCCCUCCACUUCCUCUUCCACCGCCCCUCCUCGGGCCCACUCCCACCGGGACGGGCUGGAUGGCCCGUCCUCGGCGAGAGCCUCGAGUUCCUCUCGACCGGUUGGCACGGCUACCCCGAAAAAUUCAUCUUCGACCGGAUCUCCCGAUACUCCUCCCUCGUCUUUCGCACCCACCUCCUCGGCGAGCGGGCCGCCGUCUUCUGCGGGCCCUCCGGCAACAAGUUCCUCUUCUCCAACGAGAACAAGCUCGUCCAGGCGUGGUGGCCCGCCUCCGUCGACAAGAGCUACACGUUCUGGCUGGCGUGCCGGCUGUUCCUGAGCAUGGAGGACCCGCGCAGCGUGGAGCGGUUUGCCGAGCCGUUUAAUGCGCUGGCGUCGGGUCUCAUCUCGGUGCCCGUGGACCUGCCCGGGAUGCCGUUCAACCGGGCCAUACGGGCCUCGAAUUUCAUUCGGAAGGAGCUCGUCUCGAUUAUCGGGCAGAGGAAGACGGAUUUGGCCGAGGGGAAGGCAUCCGCCACGCAGGACAUACUGUCACACAUGCUGCUGACGUGCGACGAGAACGGGAAGUAUAUGACGGAGCUGGAUGUGGCGGAUAAGAUCCUGGGCUUGUUGAUUGGGGGCCACGACACGGCCAGCUCGGCCUGUGCCUUCGUCGUCAAGUAUCUGGCGGAGCUGCCGGAAGUUUAUCAAGGGGUUUACAGAGAGCAAAUGGAAAUUGCAAAUUCAAAGAAGGCUGGUGAGGUGUUGAAUUGGGAUGACAUUCAGAAGAUGAAAUACUCAUGGAAUGUGGCUUGUGAAGUGCUGAGGCUGGCGCCACCUCUCCAGGGCGCUUUUAGAGAAGCCCUCACUGAUUUCAUGUUCAAUGGGUUCUCCAUCCCCAAGGGCUGGAAGAUAUAUUGGAGCGCGAAUUCCACGCACAGGAACCCAGAAUGCUUUCCGGAUCCGUUAAAGUUCGAUCCAUCGAGAUUCGAAGGGUCGGGUCCCGCUCCAUACACAUUUGUCCCGUUUGGAGGAGGCCCGAGAAUGUGCCCUGGGAAAGAGUACGCGAGGUUGGAGAUCCUGGUGUUCAUGCACCAUCUUGUGAAGAGGUUCAGGUGGGAAAAAAUCAUACCCGACGAGAAGAUCGUUGUGAAUCCAAUGCCGAUACCUGCUAAGGGCUUGCCCGUUCGCCUCUACCCUCACAACAAAGCUUAA